UGAUUUUUCAUUAGCCUUUUUUGAUUAAACUGUAAUAAGGCAGCUACAGAAUAAAGGCAGUCUUGAUGAUAUUCAGGACCCAUUAGUUAAUCCAAGCUGGCAUUUGUAGGUUACACUAAUUCCUACUGAAGUCGAUAAAAACAACAACAACAGCACGGGACUGUGUGUAAGAGGACUUCUCCGACAGCAGUCUCGCCUACACCUCUGACUUUCCCCGGAAAUCCGAGGCAGCGCAUACUCCUGCGUGUGCAAGCGGAGACGAUUAUCUGGAUUUUACCAAAUAUUCCUUGCUUAGAAUAAAAACUGUACAUUGCUAAUCCAGAAUAAGCAACCGAAGCAUAUGGUGUGUAAACGUCUUCUGAUGUUUCAUAGAAUCACUUGGAGUUUCCGGUAGAGCAGCUUAUGCUGGAACUGAAUUUGUCAGAGCCUGCUCAGAGACGAACACAGACUUGCAAACAAGGAGUGUUUCAGUGGUGGAGUGACGCUCUUAAUGAAGGAAGCACCAUGGAGAACAGGGAGUUCAGAGCCUCGGCCGUGGAAGCUGGCUUACGUGGAAGCAGUAGUCCCAUUUGUCUCUUCCCUUUGAACCACUCCUCACCAAGUGCUUCGGCUGAGAAGCACCUGGAUUCUGUCGCUGGCCCCCCGAUGCCGUUGGACCUCUGCUGGCCCUACGCAGACGGAGACUUCCUGAAGGACGCACGCGAGCUCCACGGUGGUCCACGCUCGGCUGUGGAGUGCAGGAGUGCGGAGGCUUUACCCGCUCCGCCCUGGACUUUGAGAUACGGAAACGGCAGCGUGGAAGAGAACCUAACAGACGAAAGCGACUUGUCAGAAACUGAGAAAACGAAUGAUACUUUACUCAGCUAUUUUAAAAAGAUGGACUCAAAACUGAAGCCGGAAACAAUAGAAAACAUUGAAGAAUCGCUCACUGAGGAGCCCGACGAGGCCUUUGCCUACCCCGACUUCCUCCCUGCCCCCUUCCAGGCGCUCGACUUGCACAAGCUGGCCCUCUCCAAGGCGGAAAGCUGGAGAGCAGCAGCGGCGGACCCUGCGGAGAGCUCCGUCGAACCUCUGAUCACGCGGUUACUGGAACUCGAGAGACUGCAGCACGCAACCAUACAGAAGGAGAAGCUCAGGGUGCAGCCCGCUCUCUGCGCACCGACAGCUCCCGAACAGCCCUCUGCAUCCAAGGCUACGCCCAAAGGCAGGCAGCCCAAAGCAGCUGACCCGCUCAGUGCUCAGACGUCUUGUGCAGAUAAAAGCCGAGAAAAAAGGAAGAACAACUGUGGCUCUUACAGGCUUGAGCAGAAUGCUUCCAAAUGGAAUUGGAGCAGUUCCGGCAAAUGGAAAUGGGAUUCUAGACCCACCUCCCUGAAAAGCUCAUCCACCACGAGACAGCUGACUGCCUGUGAUGACCCCAAGAGUCUCAGAGGUUCCCUUUUAAAUCCAGGCCAAGGACUCGCCGCUAAACCCACGCUUGCACAAACAACUCACUCGCUGGUUACAAUGGUCUCCACAAGGUACCUGCCACCGAGGUCUCCAAUCCCUGUGUCACCUGUACCUCUGACUUUCCCCGAAAAUCCGAGGGAAGACAUCGAGGCACCACGGACUAAAAAUCUCCACCGAAAAAACGUAGCAUUGAAUAGACCAUACUAUAUUCAGAAGCUAAACUGUCUGUCCACGUCAUUUAUAGCUAAGAACAAGUGCUCACCCAUUGACCAAAAAUAACCUGUUCCGCCGGCCGCCGGCCCGCGUGUGUGAGCGAGGAGCCCUGCUGAGACACCGCUCACUUCAAGGCGCAGGUUCGAAACUCAAGCAGAGCAGAGCGGAACCGCACAACUGCCGCGUGACGGAGGCGGAGCAGAAGCUGUGAGAAGCCGCGCCGAGAUGUCUCCACGCGGGCGUCCGGGCUGACAUCUUUCGCCUGUCAUGUUUCCAAGAAAUGUUUUCCUUGGUAAACUAAAUUAUUCUGUUCAAAAGAUUGUCCUUUUGUUGUGAUGGUUCUCCAAUAUUAUUCAAUCAUCAAUAAAU